GUCUUUGAUUGUUCUUUGAUAUUAGAUAAUAGUAUUAUUUAUUAUUAUAUUAUAAUUUUUUAAUCGUUGAACUUUCAGUCUUGUUUAUUACUUUAUUAUGCAUUAUGCAAACGUUUUUAUAACUUCGUAGUUCAUAAUCUUAUUUCAUUUAGUAGUUAUGUUAGUUAAUGGUUGUAUUAUUAACUAGCCAUAUAUUAAAUUAAUCAACUUAUCAUAUAAUAAUUUGUUAAAAUUUGAAUAACUAAAUUAAAUGGAAGAAACUAAUGUACCAUUCCAUAGUAGUACAACAUUGGUGUUACGCCCACAAGCAAAUGAUGGCCAAGUGGUACAUUUAAAAUUAAAGAAACCCAAAAAGAGUCACAAACAGGUUAGUUGGGAUGCACACACUGUUGACAAUGAGCACUUGAAUAAGAAAAAGAGCAAAUGUUGUUGUAUUUACAAAAAACCAAAAAAAUUUGGAGAGCCUGAUACAGAUGAAAGCAAUGAAAGUGACAAUGACGAAUGUGCCAGUUGCGUGGGAAAUAAAAAAACACAUCAACUGCAUAAGCCUGAGAACAACAUUGAUGAACCUAAAGAAGAAGAACGUUAAAAUACAUAUAAACGUAUCUUUUCACUAAUUGUAAACUUGUAUGUAUAAAAUUGUUUAACCGUACAAUUUCCUUUUUUAUUUCUGUUUAGUUCAACCACCUUUUUGUUUGAAUAAUAACAGUUUUUUUUAAUUACAUUUUUGUCAAUAUGUAAUUCCUUUUAAUUUAUUUUAUAUUUUAUUGAUCAUUUUAAUAUACAAACAACCUGUUAUUGCUGUAAACUGUAACAUGUGAAUUCAAAUUCAACCAACAUGACCAGGAUCAUUUUACACAUUCAGUAUAUCAAAUGCUCUACAAAGUACAUAUUCCAUACUCUUGUUGUGAAUUAUUAUGAGGUAUUGAAUUUUAGGUGAAGCUAGUUACUUGAGUUACAUAUAUUUUGGAAAAAUCUAUUAUUGGUAAAGCAUAAUGGCUGAAUUGGUGAAGUAGUUUAUAUCAGUUAUCAUAUUAUACUUUUAAACAUUUAAUCUCUUAGUUAAAACAUAGAUUGAUAGAGUACAAUAAAUUUCAGCAACUUAAAUCACAAAAGUAACCAGUGGCAGUGCCAAAGAAUAAUAUAAUAGCGUUUUCCAUAUGACUCCACCAGUGCCGUUAGUCUUACCCACAGCAUUCAAAUGAUAUCAGUUGUACCUGAAAUGUGAUAAUGCAGUUCAAUGCAAAUAGUGGUUAGCACAGAUGCUUAUAAUUUGAUAACUGUUAAAAGAAAUAACUUAUUUAUUAGUAAUACAUUAAUAUUGACACGUUUUGAAUAUUUUAAAUACCAAUUUUCAAUCAAUACAUAAUGUUAUAACAAAAUAAAAGUUCUACUUAGUACUUUUGUAGAAUUCUUUCUCAAAAGAACUAAUUUAAAUAUUAUUCUUGCACUUAGCUCCAACUUUGCAUUAUCAUUACUUCAAUCAAAAUGUAAAACUGAUUAGAUAUGUUUUGAGCUUUUGGCUAGCAAAUCAUAUAUCAGUAAUUUUUUAUUGGUUGAAAUUUGGCAUGAGCAUGUUUUAGUGUUGUUAAAAAAGUUAUUUACAAAUUAUCUACUGUGUACAUACAUAAGAAACUGAUUUAAGUUAAAUAUAUAUUUUUUUAAAUGAAAUAAAAAGACUAACUACAUUUUAUA